AGGGCUGCCGUGCGGCGGCUGCCCCGCCGAGCUCCAGCGCCGCAGCAGAACGGGCCGUGCCCGCGGCGCCGGGGGCUGGGCUUAGGGCCGGGCUAGGGGCCGGGGAGGCACGGGGAGGGCCCAAAGACGAGAGGCGACGGGGAAGGGGGAGGCAGUCCGGCGUCUGCAUUUAGCCGCUCCUGGCCCUCCUGCGUCCCUGCCCGCGCAGCCUGCCGUGAGCGGACACCAUGGCCGGCGAGAUCGAGCAUCUGAACAGUCGGGAGGCGCAGACUGUCUGCGACGGCCUGGAACGCUACGAGGACACGCUACGGGGCGCCGUCCGGGACAUCCAUGUGGACAUCCAGCUGUUCAAGCAGGGAGUAGGCCGGCAGGUGGAGGAGGUGCUGCGCCUCGCCAGCCCCCUGGCACAAGCAGUCUCUGAGCUGCAGCAGGAGAACCGGCGCCUGCGGGUGCAGCUGGAGCGCCUGUCCCGGCAGGUGGAGGCCCUGGGCAGGUCGGCGGGGCUGCCGCAGGAGUGGGUGUGCGAGACAGCGGAGAGCCCUCAGGUCGUGGGGCCCGGCUCGCCGGCGCAAGGUUCGGCCGACGGCGCGUUCUCCGGUCGUGCCAAGCUCACGGUCGCUGGCCGGAGCCAAAGCGUAGACCUGGAUGACCACCAGAAACCUGAGUUUAGAAGAGUUUUUAGUUCUUCCAUCAUUGAAAAUGGGCAUCGAUCUUCAUCAUCAGGUCAGGCAAAAGUCACCCGUGAACUGACCUGCUUUCAGAUGUCAGAAUCUUCAUCCCCCGAAGCCCAUGCCCCUGCAGUCAUCUUACAGAUGCCCCACCUUCCCGUUACUGCAGUAACCAGGACAUCUGAGAAGUUUUCAGGAGAAAACAUCUGUCCAACCAAUACAUCUUCUUGCCUGCUGGGACAGGGAAAGAGCACAAAUACAAUGGGAGUAAAAUCUUCUAACCAGCCAGCGAAGGACUGGAAUUCAAUUACAAUUAAAACAAUGGAUUCAUCUGCCACUGGAGAGAGUGCUACUUCUGUCCCCAAGCCUGCCUCAACUAUGAACUAUGGGCUGCGUAGUGGAGCCAAAACUGGUGAAAGUGCCAUUGACAGUUACUGUGAGGUGAGCCCCAGCUCUCAAUCACCUCCUCCUACUGUGCAUCGCCAAGUUGAAAGGAGGCGAGAAUUGGUGCGGUCUCAGACGCUCCCACGGACUGCAGGAACGCAGGCCAGGAAAGCGCUUUUUGAGAAACUUGAACGUGAUGAUGGAAAAGGAAAAGGAGAAUCGAGAGCUAAGCUGAAGAGGUCGCUGAGUUUUGGGGUUGCCAGCGCUAGCAGCAUUAAACAAAUUCUGUUAGAUUGGUGUCGCUCAAAAACCAUAGGAUACAAGCACAUUGAUCUUCAGAACUUCUCCUCAAGCUGGAACGAUGGGAUGGCAUUCUGUGCUCUUGUACAUUCUUUCUUUCCUGAAGCUUUUGAUUAUAAUAAGCUUGACCCAGCUAAUCGCAAGCAGAACUUUGAGCUGGCCUUCACAACGGCUGAGAAAAUGGCUCACUGUGACCGUCUGAUAGAAGUGGAAGACAUGAUGGUGAUGGGUCACAAGCCAGAUCCCAUGUGUGUCUUCACCUAUGUCCAGUCUCUGUACAGUCAUCUACGACAUUUUGAAUAAAAGCAGCCUUGGCCUCUCCAGCCAGAAGGGUCAAGUACAGCAUGCUAACAGGAAGACUGACAUUUUGCAAAUGGAACACAGUAUUAUUUCUUGCUUUGUGCUGUCCCUUUGCUUCCAUCCAGCUGUGUAGCUGGCUGAUUGAAGUAUUGCUGAGCAGUGCCCUGAAGUGUUGAUCACAUCACCGUGUCAGUAAUACGGAAAUAGGUUUGAAAAAGACAAAAAGACAUUGGCAAAGGCAAAUAUUGUCAUUUUGGUGCUAGUAGUAGAUUGGAUUUUUAUGUUUAAAGAUCACAGGAAGCAAAUGUACUUCUGUAUGUAAGGCUAGGGACAAUUUUAUACAGUAAUUCUGCUAUGAAGGUGUUCCAUCUUAAAAAGCAGGUAAAAUUCUAGAAGAUAGCACCUUCAGUUUCACUUCUCUAUUGAGCAUAGUAUAAAAGAAAUAGCAGAUGGACAAGGAAAAUUCUGUUUAGCAAAUAAUAACUUAGAGUGCUCAACCACUAGGGCAAUAAUGCCUCUCCUUCAACCCUACCCAUCCACUCUAGCAUACCCACACUGAGAUAAAACAGACAUUGGUUUGUUCUCUUAAAGCAUAAAGAGAGCAUAACCUUUUGUCUGAUGAGUGUGGUGACAGAUUACUACAUUACAUAAUGGCAUUUGUCUGUAAUGGUCAAAUCUAACAGUAUAUGCUGAGAGGGUUGCUAAUGCCUCUACUGGCAGUCCUGGGGAUUAAUUUCUUGAUAAGACUAGCAACAGUUGGGACUGUCCUUUGUCCGAGAUUGUGUGUUUGCGUGGUUUAGGACUGCAGGAAAGGUAUAAGCUAGCAAGGUACAAAAUCCUUUGAACAGUUAUAAUAGAAACAAGCCUAUAAUGUGCUUUUACCUGGACUCAGGGGGAGAGCAGCUCUUCAGUGUGGACAAGAGUGAACUCUUUACAACUUGUUCAGUACAGAUGCUGAUUAUUUGGCAGAUGAACAAUACACAAAAAUAUAUAUUAAAGAUGUGGGAGUUUUGAAAUAGUUUCAAAAACUUUGCACUAGUUUCAGUUUUCAGUUAAAUUAGUAUUAAAACCACAGUACAGUUAGAUUAUUCCAGAUUAAUGGACUAAAAAAAGCCUUCUAAAAAAGCCUUCUAAAAUUAUUUCUUCCCUCAAACUCAUAGAAAGAAAAAACUGAAAGCCACAAAUCAUCUGCUCAUGCUAGAGAAUUAUUUUCAACCUGCCCUUGUGCAUUUUGUAGAUAUUUAGAAAGAUUAAUUUGGUUCCGUAUUGAUGACAAUUUAUAAUAAAACAUAUCAAGCAUUCUUCAGAUUUAUUGCAUCUUUUUAGAAUGAUGUGACAGAUAACCAAGUAAAACCAAGUGAAAAGACAGAGCUUUUACUUAAAAGAUUUUUGUUCCAGUUAUGAUUCUGUGUGCUCUGAAUUUCAGUUUAAAAAGUACAUAAGUUCAAUUGCAUUUGAAACAUGAUUUUAGUUCCGUCUCCCUUUCUAGUCUAGUUUACUUAAAAACCAUGAAUGAAGCAACCACUUUGUUAGUAUCUAAAUGCCAUUGCCUUCAGUUUUUUACUUUGUCUUGAAUGAUUAUAAUUCUGAGGUGUAAGUGUGAGCCUGUAGCUCUACCAAAUGCACUGCAAGGAUAAACACAUUGUACUUAUGUUUUGGGGGAGUUUUGAGGAGCAAUCUGUCCAAAACUGGCACACAUAAUUCACCUAUUUACAUUCUUACAGUAGAAUACUUUUUAUUGAGUAGCAGAGGAAAGGUCCAUCAAAACUACCACGAGGGGCAAUACUGGCUUAAUACAUCGCAUUCCUUCACAGUCCGAGGUCAUAGAUGAUUUAACUGUGUGAUGUGAGCACUGAAGACGCAGGUAAGUGCUUGGCCAAUUUAAUCCUAAUAGCAUAUAAUUAUAUAAAGGAACUUUUAAACUGUAAAAUGAUUGCAAAUUCAACAGGGUGAAUCUACCUACUUUCUGUAAUUUUGUUUUUGCAUCUACCAGCAAGGUAUUUGUACAGGUUUUCUAAAGUUUUCCUGCUUCAGAGAGGUGAUUGUAAAGAUAUCUGGGACUUACCAGCCACCUGUGGAAGACUGUAAGCUAAGUUGAUCUUUUGAUGGUUUGUGUGAAAGGGUUAGGGAGGUAGUGCAGUGCUCUGACAUACUUUUAAAAAAACUUACAGCUUUGUGCAUUGAGGUCUGCUCUAUAUGAAUGACCUCAACUAUUUGUUAUGAUUAAAUUGAAAUUAAAGUAUAUAAUGUAUGCCCCCAAUUGAUUUUUCAGUAUUUUUAUUUUUAAAUAAAUGCAGAGCAUGUGUGUAUAUAUGACAGUGUGUUUCGCAUGAAUAGUAAAAGAACAAUCUAUUAAGUUGGCAUAGUAUAUAUUUUACACAAAUGGACUGUUUCUUAACUUUUCUAAUGUUUAUUAUAUCUAAAAGUAUAUCUAUGGUUGUUUAUUGACAACUUGAUAAUACUUUUAAAGGCUAAAUCAAUUUCUUCUGUGCAAUAUUUUCAAGAUAAUGUCAGCAGAAACAUCAUCUACUUUUUAAGACUAUGCUUCCCAUAGCAGCAGUCUUUCUCUUUUCAAGUGUAGUAACUGGAUGAAUGUCUUUCAUCACUUCUCUGUGUGAUAUUUCCAAUAAAGUGUUUAAUCUAAAACUAUGCUCAAACCCA